AUGAAAAAUCUCAAUAACGUAAGAGUGGUUGCUGGGACAAUUGAUAAAUCUGCAAUGAUAAUUCUAUACAAGCCUGCGCAUGAGCACUGGAGGCGCAUACAAUAUUUCUACAAACAUGAACAAUAUAAUCACACGUAUUUAAAACAUGAUUUAGCAAUAUUGCAGGUGUCGAAAGACUUUAUCGUAACAGACACAGUUCACCCAAUUCGUUUAUAUUCAGAAAAUGAAGACAAAUUACAAGCAAAUGAUUUAUGUCUAGUUUCGGGAUUUGGAUUGAAAGAAGAGAAUAAACCCGCCCGCAAGCUAGAAAUGGUUUGCGUACCUAUACUAUCAAAGAUAUAUUGUGAAUGGUUCUACAGUUCACGAUAUUUGCAUCUCUCUGUUUUGUGCGCUGGGGCACAAGGAAAGGAUUCUUGCCAGGGUGAUUCAGGCGGACCACUUGUUUGUCGAGGUGUUUUAGCUGGAGUCGUCUCUUGGGGUGGAAUCUGCGGAGUGCAUCCUGGAGUCUACACUAGUAUAUCCUAUUACACGUCGGGGCAUAACGUGUUUCGUUACCGUCUCACUAGCUCCCUCUCGAGACGAGCUCCGGAACUAAAUCCAUAA